AUGCACAAGAAAACUAGAAAGGAAAAACGACAGCCAAGACUUACACCAACUUGGGACAUGAUGGUUCAAAGGCUGCAUGAUUCUGAAGAACCAAAAGAAGCAACAGAUGCUUUUGACAGAGCUGUUGCAAGAGUAAGAAAACGAAUACACGAGCAAAAAGUAAAAACAAGCAAAAGAUAUGAAAGAUAUACGUUCUACAACAACAUCAUCAAGAGAGUUGAACAGCUCUGUAAAGACAUAGAGAACCAAGCAAACGAGUCUGUGAGAUAUGACAAUGAUGAUACAGACCUACAAAAUGAAUUUCAAUCUGUAGCAGUUGAGGGUGUUCGGGCGUUAAACAAGGCAAAGAAAAAGAUAGAUGCCCUUAGUGAUCGACUUCAGAAACUGCAUGUUUCUCAAGCAGCAUUAGUUCCAGACACUACACGGUUUGAUGAAACAGUUUCUGCUGGUAAAGAAGCAGUUAAGUUACAGAACGUUAAAGCAAUCAACACAGCAACCGACCAAGUCAAUGCCAUUUUCUCACGAUUAGGAUAA